AUGACAUUAACUGACUUCGAUCCUUGUGACUCUGGCCCCUCUAGUGCUGGCCCCAAUGACUUUGGCCCCGAUGGUUUUAGCCCCGAUGACUUUGGCCUUUGUGGCUCUAGCCCCUUUAGUGCUGGCUCUAAUGGCUUCGGCCCUAAUGGUGCUGCCCCCGAUGGCUCUGGCCCUUGUGGCUUCGACCUUUUUGGUGCUGGCCCUAAUGGCUUCGGCCUUGAUGGCACUGGCCUUGAUGACUUCGGCCCUUUUAGCUCCGACUCCUCUGUGGCCCUUAUUAUUGAUCAUCUGGUCGAAGGGCAUUUUGGGAGACUGCCUCCCGAGUCCAUCUAUUCUUUGAAGUGCUGGCCCCUUGGUUGCGACCCCCAUGACUUCGAUCUUUAUGACUCUAGCCCCUCUGGUGUUAGCCCUAAUGACUUUGGCCCUAAUGGUUCCAGCCCUAAUAACUUCGGCCCUUGUGGCUCCGGCCCCUCUGGUGCUGGCCCCAAUGGCUUCACCCCCAAUGGUUCUGGCCCUUGUGGCUCCAGCCCCUCUGGUGCUAGCCUUAAUGGCUUUAGCCCUGAUGGCCCUGGCCCCAAUGACUUCGGCCCUUAUAGCUCCAGCUCCUCUGGUGCUGGCCCCAAUGAUUUUGGCCCUUGUAGUCGAACGGGCCUACUAUUGAAUUAG